AUGGCCACUAUGAUCAAAACGCCGUCGUUCAGUGCACCACGUAUUAUCAACAACAGCAGCAUCAUUUCCUUAAAAUCUGCAAACCCCUUUUGUCUUUCUUUUGGGCACAACAACAACAACAAAAGCAUUUCCGAUUUUUCUCUUACAAAAAAUUCUCUCCGUUUCCCCACCAAACCUUCCCUCCGCUUCUUAAAGUUCGUUCCUUUUGUUUCACAAGGAGAAACUGAAACUACCGAGACCGAGCAGACAAUUCAAGAACCAGAAAUUGAGGACUCAUCUGAUGGUGCUGUGGGGCUGGAAGAUGCUGCUGGUGAGGUGGAAGAUGCUGCAAGCAGUGAAGACGUUGCUGAUGCUGAGGACACAUCUUCAGUCAUCAUGGCUUCCCUCCGGUCUUACAAAGAAGCUUUGGCAAGUAAUGAUGAAUCAAGAAUUGCUGAAAUAGAAGCAUUUUUGAAAUCCAUUGAAGAUGAGAAAACUGACAUUGAAAGGAAAGUGGCCGGUUUGACUGAAGAAUUAUCAGUAGAAAAGGAACGGGUUCUUAGGAUUAGUGCAGACUUUGAUAAUUUUCGGAAGCGGACAGAGAGAGAACGCCUCUCACUAAUAACAAAUGCCCAAGGGGAAGUUGUGGAGAAUUUGUUGUCUGUUUUGGAUAAUUUUGAAAGAGCUAAGACCCAGAUUAAUACAGCGACGGAAGGAGAGGAGAAGAUCAAAAACAGCUACCAGAGCAUAUAUAAGCAAUUCAUGGAAAUUCUAGGUUCACUUGGCGUUGUUCCUGUGGAGACGAUUGGGAAGCCCUUUGAUCCAAUGUUGCAUGAGGCAAUUAUGCGUGAGGAUUCAGCUGAAUUUGAAGAAGGUAUUAUACUUGAAGAAUAUCGCAAGGGGUUCAAACUUGGUGACAGGCUCUUGCGUCCAUCAAUGGUGAAAGUAUCAGCUGGUCCAGGGCCUGUGAAGUCGGAACAAGUAGAGGAAUCUCUGGAAAAAGCUGAGGCUACUAGUGGAACUAGUGAAGAGACAAGGACAGAAGAGGAGUCUGCUUGA